UCACAACAAUAGAUAAUUUUGAUAUAAUUAGGUAUCAUCUCAAUUACACCAACAACCAUUUAUUAACAUAAAUAUAUAAAACCUAAUACCUGGGUUUCGUAACAAUUAUUCACAAUGUUGCGAUCGGUGCAGCUGAUUGUCGUUUGCCUGUUCAGUGUUAAGUAUUCGGAAGCCUGUAAUGGAUACACAGUUACAUUGGAUCAAAUUAAAACAUGUACUGCUGACAGUGUUGCCAGACCUGUAGGAAUUACCUCCUCGUUAGACAAGGACUGCAAUAUUGUUAUGAAUGGGUGUUUAGAAAUGACCAAACCAGUAAAGUAUUCUAAGGGAAAGUAUGUUGCAUCAAAACCACCACUUCCAGAAAUGUCUGGAGAUAUUGAUCUCUGUGACUUGAUGGAAAAUGGGGGCCCAGUGCCGCAAAUCGACGAAAUGGUCACUAUACUUAAUGUACCUAAAAAAUGUCCAAUGGAAGCGAAAAAGUAUUGUAUAUCUCCGAAAAAGAACAAAAUCAGCAUCUCAGCGUUCAAGAAAAAGCUUGCUAUGGGGGCAGGUACCACCACAGUGAAAUUAGAUGUGGGUCACGACACUGGGAGAAGCUGUGUUGAAUUCAAAUUUUCUUUAAAUAAACCCAGAACUGGUUGAUAAUCAUAUAUCAUGAAAUCAUAUAGAAGAAUAUGUCUAAAUAAAUGCUACGAUAUGCC